GGGCGCGCGCGCCGCUUCCGUUUCCUCCGCCGGCUGUGGUCAGUGCGGGCCCCGGCCACCGCCGUGCUUGUCGUGACCGUGCUCCCGGAGCCUCCGCCGCCGCCGCCGCCGCGAUGCCGCUGGAGAACCUGGAGGAGGAGGGCCUGCCCAAGAACCCGGACCUGCGCAUCGCGCAGCUGCGCUUCCUGCUCAGCCUGCCCGAGCACCGCGGAGACGCGGCCGUGCGCGACGAGCUCAUGGCGGCCGUGCGCGACAGCGGUGAGCAGGCCCCGGGCCGCCGUCCCAGGCGGGGAUGGCCGCGGCCCGGCCCCCCCCGGAGCCUCUCACUUCAGGCGGAGGCGCCCUUGGGUGGGCCCGAUCGGGUCUCCCGUCCUCUCCUUGAGAUAUAUUUAUAAUUACAGGCGCUCUGCAAGUCUCUCGACUGGCAGAUGGAUGCGGAGCUUUUGAGUAAAAUGAAGAAGGCCAACGAGGAAGAGCUGAAGCGUUUGGAUGAUGAACUGGAAGACGCAGAAAAAAACUUGGGGGAGAGUGAGAUCCGGGACGCGAUGAUGGCCAAGGCCGAGUAUCUGUGUCGCAUCGGGGAUAAGGAAGGAGCUCUGACUGCCUUUCGCAAGACGUAUGACAAAACUGUGGCUCUGGGUCACCGUUUGGAUAUUGUGUUCUACCUCCUACGAAUUGGUUUGUUUUAUAUGGAUAACGAUCUCAUCACACGAAACACCGAGAAGGCCAAAAGUCUAAUAGAAGAAGGAGGUGACUGGGACAGGAGAAAUCGCCUAAAGGUCUAUCAAGGUCUUUAUUGUGUGGCUAUUAGAGAUUUUAAGCAGGCAGCUGAACUCUUUCUUGACACCGUUUCAACAUUUACAUCCUAUGAACUGAUGGAUUACAAAACAUUUGUCACAUACACUGUCUAUGUCAGCAUGAUUGCUUUAGAAAGACCUGAUCUCAGGGAAAAGGUCAUUAAAGGAGCAGAAAUUCUGGAAGUCUUGCACAGCUUGCCCACAGUUCGACAGUACCUCUUUUCACUAUAUGAAUGUCGUUAUUCAGUCUUCUUCCAGUCAUUGGCGAUUGUUGAGCAGGAGAUGAAAAAAGACUGGCUCUUUGCUCCUCAUUAUCGAUACUACGUCCGAGAGAUGAGAAUCCACGCGUACAGUCAGCUCUUGGAAUCCUACCGGUCGCUGACACUGGGCUACAUGGCAGAAGCUUUUGGAGUCGGUGUGGAGUUCAUAGAUCAGGAACUUUCCAGAUUUAUUGCAGCUGGAAGACUACACUGCAAAAUAGAUAAAGUAAAUGAAAUUGUGGAAACCAACAGACCAGACAGCAAGAACUGGCAGUACCAGGAAACCAUCAAGAAAGGAGAUCUGCUGUUGAAUAGAGUUCAGAAACUUUCCAGGGUGAUUAACAUGUAAGACUCCAGGAAAGCAUCUACACAACAAAGGGAUAGGAGAUAGUUUAUAAGGUUUGACAAAUCUUCUGACUAUCUUUUUGGAAUGAAGGUGCCCUUUAAUGAUAAAUACUUGGAAAUUUUAUAGUCCAUUUCAUUAUGUAAACAAUUCAGCUGUAAAAAAAAAAAAAAUAAAGGAUACAUUUUUGGUUUCAGUA